AUGAUCCUAAACGAGUUCUUAUGGGUCCAUUUUUUGGUUGUUCAGUUGCGAUACGUGCAGAGACUGCUGGACUUAUUGAAUCCGAAUUGUAAAUAUGAAGCUAAUUAUAUUCCACUUUUCACGCUUUCUGAUUGGAUUCAAAGUGAUUCAGAUGCACCACAUGUAGAGAAAGAUCAGGACGCAGUUCUUGAAACAGCGCCAUCUGUAGAAGAUGCAGUUGUUCGUGUUGUUGAAGAAAGUACACAAAGAACAAAGAAACGUCUUUAUCAUCCACUCAACUCUCUUCGUCUGCAAUUCACAGUUGGCUACCUCAUUUUGGAAGUGGACCUGGUCCAGCUAUUCCUCCAUUUUCUUAAAGAGAAUCAAUCCAAGCAAUUGCUCCCGUUAUUGCUCCAAAUAAAGUGCACUCUUCGGAAGAGGUUCCACCGCCGACUAUAAGAACUUGUGA